AUGGAAGGUCCGGCCACCUCUCUAGUGACGUCACAUGCUCUUCUCGUCCACUCACUUUCUUUAGUUCUCUGAGCGCGCGGCUUCCUAAGUUUUCAGUGGCUUACUAGCCCACAUUUAUGCUUCAUCCUUCGAGGAGAGAAGGGAGAAAUCUGGAGGGCUCAUCACAAAUAGUAACAGUACCCAAUCGAGUACGGACUGUACCGAGCUCCCGUCCGGGACCUUCCAAAAUACUUUGUGUUUCGUAUAUACACGCGCGUUUUUACGGACUUUGUGAAUUUUUUUUUCGGACUUGGUGAUUUUUUUAUUCCGCAGUUGCUUAAAAACAAUUUUCGGCUAAACCGAUAAAAUUUCGGUGUAGUCCUGAUACGAUUUUUCAAAUUUUUUGGAGGACUUGUAUAUAUUUAUAUUUUGGACUUUAGCAAGAUGCCGAAAGUUUUCCUGGUGCGGAAACGUCAACACUGGAAAGCAGCAUCCUGCGGGAUUGUUACUCCACCACCAAGUCCCGAACAGGCUAUGAUAGUACCACCGACAUCAACGACUACUGCCACCACUACCACAACAAAUAAAGCACCACCUAAACCAGAACAAACACAUCAUCAGUCAUUAGCAGAACUUCACCCAAGAGCCAGAUGGACCGAAACUUGGCAAAAACAACGAACGCGAGUUGAAGGUGGACGUGGAGAGGCCGAAACGACUCCUCCCAUUUCACCAUGCACUCUUCCAGUUUCCCCUUGCAAUCCACCUUCCCCAGUUUUAAACUUAGAAAGAUUUCGUCCAAAUCAUGAGAACAUAGUUCACACCAGAGAUGAAGUUGCUGUCGAAGAACCCACUUCAUCAUGUUCAACACCGCCAUUGCAUUCACAGCCAGCAUACAUGGCUGUUCCAGUCAUUCAAAGUCCAUCUGUGCAGGAUCGCCCUCUGGACUAUCAUGUGCCACGUCGUCAAGAAUACACAGACAAUGAGCAAGAGGAAACUUUAAUCAACUUAAGUCGUGCGCGACUUGUAAAACAUGAAAAGGAAUAUCAGCCAGUUCAACAACAUACACUACAUUCCAAUGUUCAAAUUCCCGAUUCUCAAGAUGAUUCUCAUUCAGAUAUUUAUUCCUACGAUAUGCGCCCAGUUUCUCCUGGCGACAGUGAUAGUAACUCUUCAAGAUCACCAGAUAGCUUGGUUGAUGAUAGAGGUGAAAAGAUGGCAAUGAUUCCUUCCUUGCCUGUUCGAUUGACAUUACUUCAACAGAGACUUGGUUUACCCACUGAUGUGCCGCUGGAGUUUGUCAAUGGUGGACAUGGAAUUAAGAAUCCUCUUUUACAGAGAAGUUACAGAAAUUCUUCCCCUGCUCAAGACAUGUCACCUUUGCCAUCUCCUGGUAAUGAAAUCCUUCCUGGUGUUGGGGAAGGUGAAGCCGGAAGAUUAAGCUGUCGUGUUUGUGGAAAAACAUUUGGGUUACAGCGAUUGCUAAACAGGCAUAUGAAAUGUCAUAGUGAUAUGAAAAGAUAUUUGUGCACAUUUUGUGGAAAAGGAUUCAAUGAUACUUUUGAUUUAAAGAGACAUACUAGAACUCAUACAGGUGUAAGGCCAUACAAAUGCAACAUGUGUGAGAAGUCCUUCACCCAAAGAUGCUCAUUAGAAUCGCACACUUUGAAAGUACAUGGGAUUCAACAUCAAUAUGCCUAUAAAGAAAGAAGAGCAAAAGUAUAUGUGUGUGAAGAAUGUGGACAUACAACUACAGAGCCAGAAGUGCAUUAUGUACAUUUAAAGCAAAACCAUCCUUACAGUCCAGCUCUACUCAAAUUUUAUGAUAAACGCCAUUUUAAAUUUUCAGAUGGAUCCUUUCCUUUAGGAUUGCUCCGCGUUCCAUCUUAAAUAAAAUGGACUUUCCAUGUGAAUAAACAUUGGGCUUAGGUUGUCAUGAUGCAGUAUCUCCUCGAUUUAUCAAGCAUAUUAAUUUUAUUUUUUCAUCUGUUAUAAAUAUAUAUAUAUUUUUA